AAAAACAUAAACAUGGACACAGAAGAGUAGAGAGACCCUCCUCCUGAAGGAUGUGGGUGGAGUAAAAGUCUUGUGGGAAGACUUUAUCCCCUGCAUGCCCGGAAUUUCCUCCCACUUGUUUGCUGCCAUCUGGGUAAGAGGCUCUUCUGUUUUCCAAAGCAUGCCUGGAGUGUGUAAAGCAAUGCUGCUGUUGGUUUGUGUCUCCACCUGGCUGAUAGCCCAGACCCACGGAGCCCUGGUUGUUUCUCACAGAGAUGCUCUGACGGAGGUAUGUGCAAGAAAAAGACUGUAAACAAAUAUCUGUUGAGUCAUUUUCUAUGUUGAGCUGACUUCUUAUCAGUCAUCGGCCAUGAAUACUGUUUAUAUAAAAGCCAGUUUAUGUAAGUUGUAUCUGCAGUUGGAACUCUUUCUUACCACGACAUUUUUCCAUGAUGUGAAGUUCUUUGCAUGUCUGGUAGCUGUAACAAAGAUUUCCCUGAUAAGGAACUAAAAGAGAUCUAUUCAUGAAUACCAAGGCUGUGCAACUAAACUGGAGCUGGCGGGGAACAUGUCUAAUAGAUGCACAAGUAAUGGAUCUUGGAUAUUAAGUGUUCAUCUGGUGUUGUUCUUUAAGUGUACCGAAGUAAAACUUACAAAGUCCAAAUGUGAAGAGAAGCAAAGAACUGUGUUUUCCACACAGUGUAAGGAUCCCCAAAGACCAUGUGCUAGGUGAGUUACACAAAAGGGUGUGGACAAAACAGCAAUAUCCUGUCUCUCAUUCAGAGGUUUGACCUGUACCCUGAAUCCAAAACACAAAGUUGACAUAAACUUUAUCAAGCAUGCUUUAAAAUGCAGAAACUUCAAGCACAAACACAUUUAAAGUCCCACUCCAUUGUUUUUUUUUUUCUACUUAAGGUGUUAUCAGUGGUCUCUAAAAUUGUGAUAAUUAAGUUUUUCGCUGUUCUUCUGCAGAGCUCCAGUAGCUCAUUAGCAAUUCGCCUCCAAAUCGUGGACGGACACAGCGCUGCUCUGCACCCUCCACUUUGUGCUAGUUUUCAGCCUAAUAUUGCCGGUGUAGUAGAAGUAGCAGGUAAUAUAGAAGCAUAGACUGUAUAUAGAAUGGACGCCAUCUGCCUCCUCGCUGGGUGAAGCCACUCCGAGAACAGCACCCUCUGUUGAUGGGCUGCAGUAUAGGUCAUAAAUCCUGCCUCCUCCAGCAAAGCUUAUGGAGCUGUGGACAAACUUUAGAAAUUUAUUACACAGAAUAUAAAUUUUUCUCCCCCCUGCUUGCAUCUUGACAUGUAGUUACAGUAAGACUGGUUUGUGCUCAAGUCCUCCUUUUUCUGUGAAGCUCCAUUUUUAAAAGUUAUUAGGGGGUUCAUGUUUUCUUUGAUUGACACCUGAUACAGCCUAUGGGCGUUCAGGGAUUGCGUAGCUCUCCCGGGGGGAUACGCUGUUUGAGCUGAGCGUCAUCAUAGCGACUAUCGGCGACUGAGCGGCCGAAUGCGCGCAUCGCUACUGCGUAGCACUGGUUUCAGGAAAUGAAGAAAAAUCCCGGAAAUAUCGAGAGCUUUUUGGCUUCAAAUCCGUAUACAGGUGGUAGGCGGAACCAAGUUGUCCAUAGUAUAUACAGUCUAUGUAUAGAAGCUAUUCAGCUCUCAGACACUAAUGUCUUUGGGGACAUGAUGAAAGCUAAUAUCAUAAUUAGCUUUCUUGCGAGCAUUGCAAUCCACUAACGCACACGUUUUGUAACAGUCUGCUCUGCCCCUCUCCUGCUCUGCUGCUCAGCCACACCCCUCAUCAGCUAACUGCUUCCACCUGCUGCUCUCACCUGCUCAUCAUCUCCAAUCAGGCCAGUAUAUAUGCAGCUUCUUUCCCCUCACUCUUUGCCAGAUUGUCUUCGCUCUCAUGCCUGACUCUCCAGCGUUUAUCCUCGGACUGCUUACCUGGUAUCGACCUGAUCUGCCCCUGACCUUUGCUUCUCGCCUCAGCCCCGGUAAACCUACCUGCCUUCUGUCCUUGACUACGAGCUUUGCCUGCCUGGUUCCUGCUAUUCGUCUGCCUGCAGCUGAAUGUCACUCAGCCUGUUCCUGCUCUGUUGAGAUCCCCCUUCUCGUCAGCUUCACCUCGCCAACUCACCUCCUCUGCCGACGUUGGUUCUGCCAGCUCCUCUGCAAGCUCUGGAUCCUCACCCAGUCCUCACCUGAACCACUCUCCAAGAAAUCUUCCCCCAGCUGUGAGUUGAGCGUUUUCCCCUUCACUACACUCGUAGAGCAAAUUAAGACUGUGGACAAUUCCCUGCUCACGAGUUCAAAACUCUUGCCUGACCUGUGGUCCACUGCUAAUCUGCUCGCCUAUCACCCGGAAGACCUGAGUUCGAAUCCUGCCAUACCCACCUGCUAUACUCUGCUGCUUCAUUGGAUUUGGUGUUCAAUAAAGACUGUGUUGUUAAAGUGAACCUGCUUGUUUGUGCUGCAAUUGGGUCCAGUCAAUACCCGUUACACGUUUGUUCCACGAUCGUCUACUUCUCCAAGUCUUGCCUGCAUAGCGGGGCUCCGGGGGCGGAGCUUGCAGUUGUGAUAAGAUUAGAUAAAACAAGAUAAGCCUUAAAUAAUCCCACAAGGUGAAAUUCCCAUUUACAGUUGUGCGUGAUUAUUCUUUGUGUAUGUGUAAGCCCAUGGCAUUGUCUCCAUCUCAGUCCUAGCCGUCUGAUAACAGGAGACGGCCUUGAAGAGUUCUGAUCAAGAAACAAAGUUCACCAGAGAAGGAGGGUGAGGGAGGAUAGGGCCGAGCAUCAUUCUGCAUAACAUCCAAGAGAGGGGACAUAACAGCCUUCCUAGGCCGCUUGAUUUGGGACAGGCAGACUUUGCAAUUUUCCAUCUUUCCAUUUUCCAUCUUUUCCAUUUCUCUGGUCUCUAAUGGCAUUGACCCGAACAUCCGAAUUUAUUGGCCAAUUCAGCUGAGCCGGGCUGUCAACUUCUCCAAGGUGGUAUCCAACUUGCCAAGGCGUUCCUCAACCACAACCUGCCUGCGAUUGAGUUCGCAUGUCACUUGAGUCUGAGUGUUGACAGCCCUGCACAUUCCCUCAGUCAUUACGGGUAGCUUCUUAAUUCCCAAAAGUGCUGUGAUGUAGGAAAUCUCGCUGUGUCUGAGCCUGUCGUUUACAGCAAUUUGAAUGCAGAAAUACUCAGAAAUGCAAUUUCACACCUACUUUUCUCAUGAUUUGUCCUGUAGCAUCAGAAAAAUGCCAUUUAAACAUGUAGACAAUAAGAAAAACAUGAUUUUCAUAGGCGCUGGUCUUAAAUGAUAAGGAGCCGUCUGUUGUAAAUAAGAUGAGAACUAGAUACUUAUGACACUGCCAUCAAAAAAUGUAGGUAUUUCUCAAAUGUCUCAUCUACAAAAAUCAUCAUUGGGAAUGUUUGGUAUUUUUGGAGUUAUGUGCUCUUACCCGCCAGUAGUGCUCUGAUCAGCUGUUCAGGUCCACACGCUUCAAAAAUCCAAAAAUAAAACCAAACUAAAUAAGUAACUCUAACAGUGCCCAGAAAAGAAAAAGUGUGUCUUAAAGAUAAUAACUCUGCCGUUAUUUUCUCUUUUUUUAAUUGUGUCAUGCCACAACCUAUGACCUGCAUGAUGUUUACUUCAUCAAAACACAUUGUGUUGGCUGUUGAAGGGGAAGACUGGGGUAACAUUGCAGUGUUCAUCAACCAACCUGCUGCUGCUUGUUUAUUCCUGUUGGACAGUUUUUUGUGAGACCUUUGAAUCUUCUCAUCUUCAACUUUACCUGCUCUGAGUUGUUUGUCCGGUUUUGAGGUCCACACCUUGCUUCAUUGACAUGUCCCUGCACAGUACUUGCAUAAUAGUUCUUGGUGACUUGAUUUAAAAGCUAUCUUGUAAAUGUAAGAGUAUACAACUUCCAGCAGGUAAUAACAGGUUCAACACCAAUCUAUAUUUCCAUGUCAGUGCGUAAGAACACCAGAUCUCAGGCUCAGUGAUGGUAAACAGUGAUACAUUUUGUGAUCAUUAUUUUCAAGCACCAUCUUUCCUUAAAGUCGUACUUUUGUUGUUUUUCAGGACACCAAAGCAACUUUUGGCACAAGGUCAAUAAAGGUAUUCAACUUCUAUUACUUCAGUAAUAAUCAACAUUUAAGCCUUUGCUCUUUCUGUUGUAUUUUGAUCUAAUAUUUCAUUUGACCCUGUCAAGAAUAUAAAUGGCAUAUUUUCUUUUUCUUUCUUCCACAGAAAAGAAGCCCAAAUUCUGCAAAUGUAAGAAAAAUUUAUGUAGAUAUAAAACUUUGAUAUUUGAAUAAAGGUAUGACUGUCGCCAGCAGAAAGAUGAUUAUGUACCAUUAGGAAAUAACCAAUGCAACCUGAAAUUUAAAAUCAUGCAAACAUGCGUCACAGUCAAGAGGACUAGUAGCCACAGUUGGGGCAUUGUUAGUGCUUGCAAAAUGAAGUCCACAUUUUAAGCAGUCCACAUCCACAACCUCAUUGGUUCCAGAUGCCGUUUGCUUAGCUCUUCUUUUCCUGGUGUCCUCGGGCAUGAAUUCAUUUUCUCUUCUUUUUACCAAAGAGAACGUAGAGGAAGAGGAAACUGGAAGUAAUUUGUCCAUCUGCAUUUUAUUCUUUUCUGCUUUUGCAAGUAUGAUGAAAGUUUCAUCUUUUUUAAACAGUAUAGUGACCUCUCAUCGUGUUACUAAUUAUGAACAUCGACCAAACCCCGAGAGCCGACUGUAUUCUCUGAUAUCAUGCUGAGAGUGGAAAGCUUAAAUACUGUUAUAAUGUUACGCUGCUGAAGUCCUGUUUGUCAUACAUAUCAACUGGCAAGUACCUCAAAAAUCAUAAUUAGGGUCACGGGGAAAACGCACUGAGGCACUGGCCCCUUUACAAAAGUUGGCAUACUUUCACCUAGAGACUCCAUUAAAACUUUAAAAUGUAGACACAAGUACUUUCUAUUAGUGUAUUAAUCCACGUUUUGAUAGAUAUAGUAGUUUUUGAAUACUCACUGUUCAAUGACCAUGAUCAUGUGGGUAGGAAUUUUGAGAUUAUAAUGAGUGUGUAUUGCGAGGAAUUUUCGUGCCAGAGUGGUUGACAUCAUCGGCUGGAGUGAGAGAAGUUGCAUGAAAUUUUAAAACUUUUCUCUUUCCAAGCUCCUCUCAGCCACGAAUUACACUCUACAUGUAGUUUUUUUUUCCACAGUUGUAGACACACUUGUUCUGUCUCUAAUGAUGUGUUCAUCUAAGCAGAGAAACUUACAGAAUUUAAAUACUGAACCUCAAAGUGCGAUAAUGUCUCUCUCUGCUCCUCAUUGAUGCUAAUACAAAAAGAUUUUCUGAAAGAGGCAGAAGGGACUCCUUAUUAGAAUUCUCACGUUUGUCCAAACUAUUUUCUGUACAAACACUUACAUCAUAUCACAUCUUUCAAGAAGUCCUCAUAAUAAUCAUAGUCUGCUUUUAUCUGAUAGGAAAAAAUCACUCUUUUUCUUGUUUUGACUGCCUUAGCCUGUGGAGCGGCUAUCGUUACAUGUUGCCAUGGCAACCUGUGAGUCUCAGGCCAGGCCCACAACUGAGACCAGUUCACUAAUCAGGGAAUGCUCUGAUAUACCUGCAUCAUUGAAUCACUUUUAAAGCAAUUUGAUUAACAAUAAAACACUGUCUCUCAAUCAAAAUCCUUAUUAGGGCGACAGGGACAUACACAGAAGAACCGGCCCCUAUAAACUUAACCGCUGACACACUGAGGUACUGGCCCCUAAAUGAAAGAGAAACUAUAAACUUUACAGCAGGCCCCUGUACAAUGAUGCAUUGGAGCUAUUGUGGCUUGAAGAAUUGUAGGACAAAGUAUAUAACAAAGUAUAACACAAUGUGUGGUUUGAUUGGGAUCAGUAUGGUAUUACUUUUCUCUAUUGUAUAUAGAUUUUUCACGGCACACAGUAAGUUGCGAAACGGCAGAAAAUCUUGCUUUGAAGUCAAUGGGAUUAGCCACAAAUAAAAGUAAUUGUUGGCGUUUUCUAUGUAAUCUACUCUGACUCCAUUUUACUUUUGUUGUAUACAUGAAUACUUGAAAAAGGAAUGUUUGCUGUAAGUGUGCUCCUUGUAUAUAAUAUUACAGUAGUAUUAAUAGAAUUGAUUAUUAUUUAAUUAUCUCUGAGGAAUCUCAUCAGAAUGCACACACCCCAGCUGUAGCCCCUGUGGCCCUCUCAAAAAUUUCCAGAGGGAAUUUUCUAGUUAUUUCACUAGUAUUUUUAUCCAGGUAAUACUACUGGUAACCUGGAAGUGGUUGAAAGCUGCAGAUAAGUUUAGUGGUAGUGUAUAGAAAAGUUGAAAAUUGUGAACCAACUUUCUACCAUUUGCAAAAGACUUUACCAGCUUACUUGUAGCUAUUGUGGUAAUAAAAGUGGCUAUGACCCAGAAACAUUUCUUUGGCCUACAGAAGUAAACCAGACCACCGGCAAGAAGACUGUUGGCUGAAACAUUUGCUGUAAUCAGUGAUGCAUUUGACCUUUGUAAAAUUAAUCCGAUGUGAUGUUAAAUAUGUGCAGUCCAUUUUCUUGACCUAUUUGGGGGACUGGAGCCUAACCCAGGUUCUCCUCCAUUUUUACCCUCCAUCUUGCUGGUUUGUUGUAAGAACCAUCCUGUUAGGGAACUUGCUGAAUCAUGUGAAGGUCUUUAAAAAAAUGUAGUUGAAUUAUAUCACUAAAUUUCCCACUCUAUCCAAACCUUCAGCUGGUGGAGGUGUACAGCGUAACAGUGGACUGCACUGUGACGUCUCGUUUCGCUCACACAGUCAUGGCCUCAAAGGCGCUGAACAAAGCGAACACCUCCCAGGAAAUUUUUUUCGAAGUAGAGCUGCCCAAGACUGCCUUCAUCACCAACUUUAGCAUGUGAGCCAAAUCUUUCUACCUCUUACAGUGAGCUUAUACAACAACUGUCAUCACCUCUGAUCAUCGUCUUGUGUUUUCAGGGAAAUUGAAGGUCAGGUGUACGUUGGGGUGGUGAAGGAGAAAGAGAAAGCCAAGAAACAGUAUGAGAAGGCUGUUUCCUCUGGACAAACCGCUGGACUGGUCAAGUGAGUUGGACUGGAAACGAUGUGAGAACAUACGCUCAUGGUCUGAAUUUCACAACAGAGUAAUACACAUCUGUUACUGCAGGGCCUCUGGCAGGAAGAUGGAGACGUUUUCAGUGUCUGUGAACAUUGCAGGAAAAAGCAGUGUGACUUUCAUUCUGACCUAUGAGGAGCUGCUUAAGAGGAAUCUGGGCAGUUAUGAGCUUCUGACACGAGUCAAACCCAAACAACCAGUGCAGGAGUUUAAGGUUAAACACACCCUGCUCUUUAUUUUAGAGAAGUCUCUGUCAUAGUUUUCAUAACUUUGCUUCACAUUGCAGUUAUUCUGCAUUCAUACCCGCAUGUCUUUGUGUACACAGAUUGUGGCAGACAUAUUUGAGCCCCAAGGACUUGCUUUUGUAGAGGCCACUGCAUCCUUCCUCACCAAUGAUCUGCUCUCACUCGUGGAGAAAACUGUCACAGAAAAAAAGGUAAAUUGUUGGACCAAUUUCUCUCCUCUUGUUAAAAGACUUAAAUGAUCAUAAAUGUUGUCCACUCAUGUCGAUUGAUAUGAAUGUCUUUCAGGCACACAUCUCUUUCUCCCCGACUAUGGCGCAGCAGAGGAAAUGUCUGGGAUGUGAAGGCACCAUAAUUGAUGGAGAUUUUAUCAUCAAGUAUGAUGUGAAAAGGGACAACAACCUGGGGCAAAUUCAGGUAAGCUGGAUGCAAAGACUCAAAACCUGAAGCACUAAAACAUCCGUCAUAUUUCUUUUAUUAGUUUUAUUUCUUCAACUGCACGAGUUUGAGUGAGAAAACCUUACAGAGCCGAUGACUGAUACAUCUGAAAUGUUGCUGUCAAAGGUGUGCUUUGUGUUUCAUGUUCUUUACGUGGAUAUUUGCCCUAACUAGAUUAUACUUUCCCUUUCAGAUUGUGAACGGAUACUUUGUGCACUUUUUUGCUCCUCCUGACCUACCCAGAGUCCCAAAGAACGUGGCGUUUGUGAUCGACAGAAGCAGUUCAAUGUCUGGUAGGAAGAUUGAACAGGUGAGUGGCGUUGUUUGCUGAAGCGCUUCAGUAUAUGUCAUUUACAGUCGGUAACUCUUUAAUUGUCACUUUGGGAACUUUACAGACCCGGGAGGCUUUGGUUGCCAUCCUGAAAGACCUCCAUGAAGAGGACCACUUUGCUCUCAUCCUGUUUGAUACUGGAAUUCAGACAUGGAGGGACUCUCUUACCAAAGCGUCAAAGGGAAAUGUAUCCAAAGCUACUGCCUACAUCAAGAAGCUAAGGGAACGUGGAUGUGAGAGGAAAAAAGUUUUUUGCACCUUCUUAUUCAGUGGCUUCAAAAAAAUUUUAUUGAAGUUUAAGUUUUGGAAAAGAAUGAAGAGAGACUAAUAAUAUCAAUCAUAGUUGAGUUGCUAUCAUUAAGCACUUUUUGAGGCUAGGAUGACACCAAUUGUUGAAAGUCUUCUUUCAAGCCAAGAAAUGAUCGAACUCAAACACUCUAUAGAAAACAUUACCAUAAGAAUAUUUUGAAUAUUUAAUUUAAUGGACAGAAAUGAGUGCAAGAAUGACUGUAAACCAACACUGAACAAUUAACACUUCACUUUUAUUUCUGGUGAGGUUAUCUCAAUAACUGGUAUUCUGUUCAAUUUGUUACCUCUUUUCAGCCACCAAUAUCAAUGAUGCUGUACUGAGAGCAGUCAACAUGCUGAAGGAAGAAAGAAAAAACAAGAACCUUCCCGAGAGGAGCGCAGAUAUGAUUAUUUUACUGACUGAUGGGAUGCCAAACUCUGGUGAGCUUGCUUUAUUUUGAUGAGUGACACUUAGUUUGUCAUAUGUAGACCAAGUGUGACCUAAAUGAAGUUUACCAAGAAGUUGACAUACUCAGGGAAGCUGUGGCUCAGUGGACCCCAAAACUGGCCUCGGUGGUUGUGCUCGUGAUGUUAGUUAAUACUGAUGGGCACUUUAUAUAGCAGCCUCCACCAUCAGUGUAUGACUGGAGUGUGAAUGGAUGAAUGUGACGUGACGUAAAGCCCUUUGAGUGGUCAGAGGACAACAGAAAGUCUAUUUACUGAGAUUCGUUUCAAACGGGGAGGUUAUCUCCGUUCAUAUACAUAUAAAAGAUUGUUGAGUGGUCUGUAUUAGAAAUUUUUGUACUGCAGGUCUGAAACUUAAACCAACUAUUUUUGCAGUAAAUAACAUGUAUGUCUGUAUGUGUUUAAAGGAGAGUCUAACCUCCAAAAAAUUCAGCAGAACGUGCGCUCUGCGAUCGGGGGUCAGAUGUCCUUGUUCUCUCUUGGAUUUGGAAAUGAUGUGGAUUAUUCUUUCCUUGAUGUGAUGAGCAGACAAAACAAAGGACUGGCCCGCAGAAUAUUUGAGGGAUCAGAUGCAACACUUCAACUUCAGGUAAAGCAAGCGCUGUGCACAAUAUUAGCUUUUCACUCCUUUUCAGCAGCAUUUAUUUAAAUUGUGCAUCAUAAGUUAAGAUCAGAAAGUGCUUUUUCCCAAAUUAAAUAUACAGAGAAUAGUUGCUUUGCCUCAUUAAUAUUAGGGACUUGAAUGUUUAGGAUUAGUGUAUCGGAGGAACAUAUUCAGGAGUGUGCCUUUAUUUCAGGGUUUCUAUGAGGAGGUGUCCAGCCCUCUGCUCCUGGAUGUGAACCUGCGUUAUCCUGAAAAUGCUGUGGAAUUAUUGACCAAAAACAGCUACAGCCAGUUGUUUAAUGGCUCAGAGAUUGUAGUCACUGGUCGAGUGACAGACAAUGACCUGGAUAACUUUUUGGUGGAGGUGUUUGCAAAGGGGGUAAGAAAAGGACAGCAUAAAAACAUGAAUAAGACUGUAACAUGUAUGUUUUUGUAAAGGGGUAUUACAAUGAGGUGGUCUUAGAUUGUCAGUAACAGCUGUUAUUUGACCUAUUUUCUUUCUGCAGCCUGAGGAGGAUUUUUCAGCACAGGGAAAGGCCAGUGUGGUUGACUUUGACGUCAUCUACACGGAUCAGGACUACAUCUUUGGGGAUUUCUCUGAGCGUCUGUGGGCCUACCUCACCAUCCAGCAGCUACUGGAGAACAGGUUCGCACAUUAAUUGCUCAUAAAGUUUUAUUUGUACCUUUAUCCUACCAAGAUAAGUUCAAUCCAAAGCCAAGAAAUGUAAAUGUAAUUGUUCUUUAUUUAUACAGCCCCUCACAUCAAUCCUUUCAGUGAACCAAAGUGCUUUACAAUACAUAGUAAAUAAAAAUGAAUAAAUAAAAAUAAUAAAAAUCAAUAAAAAAGAAUAAGAUACAAUGCAACAAAAUUAAGUGUCACCACAGCAUAAACAAAUUUGUUUUAAAUCUAGAUAUAAAAGGCCCAGGUCAGAAAUAAGUCUCAUUUGGGUGGGGAGCUUAUUCCAGAGCCUGGGACUAGCAACUGAAAAGGCUCGGUCACCCCAGUGUUUGUGUUUUGAUCUAGGCACUUACAGCAAAAGUUGGUUCGACGACCUCAGAGCUCUACCUGGCUCCCGAACAGUUAAAAGCUCAGUUACAUAGAUGGGGGCGAGGCCGUUAAGAGCUUUAAAAACAAACAUUAAAAGUUUAAAAUCAAGCCUAUAAAAGAUGAGAAGCCAAUGAAGGGAGCUAAGGACAGGAGUGAUGUGCUCACGUCUGUCAGUGUUGGAGAUGGGCAGCAGCAUUUUGCACAAGUUGAAGGUGACUAAGAGAUGCUCUGUUUCUUUUAAUUUCGUAUUAUAAUUAUUCUAUUAUUGUAUCUCUCUAGUGACAUUGGUACUCAGCAGGAGAAAGAUAACGCUACAGCAAAGGCUCUGGACAUGGCUCUUCAAUACAGCUUUGUCACCCCUCUCACAUCCAUGGUGGUCACCAAACCUGACACUGAAGAUGGACCAGAGGGCCCACUCAUCGCUGACAAACUCACAGAGGGUAAAACCACUUCUCAUAGUUUGAAAGAUAGCUGUUGGUUUGAUUUUGAUAAAUAUCUAUAGGAUCAGGUCAUAUCAAUUUGAGAUACCAAACUAGCAAACAAAAAGGUCUUCCUUUCGCUCUAAAUGUGUUGACAGUUGUAAGAUUCAUUAAGAAAACUGUUGAAUCAGCUGAACUUUCUAAAGAAACAUAACUUACUCUAUUUUCAACCUGAUGGCUUGCUUCCCAGACCAGCGACAGAAAGCAGAGAGGGGCAGAGGUAGGGUAAUUUCUUUCACUCCAUUAUUGUACAUACUUUUUCAAUCCGAUGUGGGCGAAUCAAUCGUAACUGUCAUGUUUGUGUAUUUUUUUUUUUUUCAUUUUUUUACCACAGGUUCUGUGUUCCUUGGACGCCCUUCAAGUAAUUUGUUUUUCUUACAGCAGAAAUUUUUCUUUUCAUACUAACUUCAAACUGCUUUGUGAAGUUUCUUGGGGUGUAUGAAAUCAAGGUUCAAGUGCUUAAUGUUGUGUUUUGGUUUACAGAAACCCGAGCUCAUCAUAUAGUUCCCCAGUGUAAGUUUUUCAUAUGGCCGCAGUUUUACUGCAAUUCAUCAUUUUACCAUAGCACAGUUUUUACUGAACAUGUUAUGAUUUCUUAAUUUUUCUUAUUUUGAGUCUUUAUUAUUGUGUCAAGACUGGCCUUAUCAAAUCUUUUGACUGACGUGUGCCACUUUUUUUUUAUUUUUUUCAACAGCUGCUCUAAGCCGUGGUUCCAGUUCCUGUAAUAAACUCUUUAUACAUUUUGACAUUUUCAUUUUUAAGUUGCUCUUGCUUCAACUUAAAUAGUUUUUUAAAGUUUUGUAAAUCAAAAAAGCCUAGACUUGUUUUAAACAUCUUUUUUUCCUGUUACCAAUUUGACUACAGCUCGGGCCAGGCCCCGUACCUUUAAAGUCCAGUCAGACGGUAAGAUUUUCAUCAAGCAUAUGUUGAACUUUCAUUCUUCACAGUUGUGCUUUAAUUAACUCUGUCACUUGUACUGAUGUUCCCUUUGAAGAGCUUUUGUUGGUUUAUGAAGUACCAUACUUAAAAAAGUGCCUUCUUCAGUCUGCACUGUCCUACUGUUGAAGUAAAUAUGAUACAGCGCUCACCAGGCUCUCCUUGCAUUAGAGAAAAAGCUGUGAAAGAGGCCCUCUAGUGGGGUGAAGUUGUCCAAAAUCCCUCCUGGCUGCCAUUGUUGUGAAGAAAAGUUUUUGAACUGUUCGACUUUUGCCAGACACCAUUAAAAAUAUGGAAGUCGAAUUUGGACUGGAGGAAACAUUGCUCAGUUCAUUGUUUAGAUUCGUCAUACGCUUCACAACAGUGGUCAGCCAUAUCAAAUACAUUUUUGUAAUCAAUUUUUGAUACAUAUGUAUACUAUUCGAACAGUUGGUAUUUGAUUUAGCUCGAUUUUGGUUUAAGUAACCAAUAGGCAACUGUCAAACAUAUAAUCAUACACUUCUUUUGCUUGAGCUGGACAAAAACAGAGGCACUUUCUUUCUGACAUGGUACUGUAAUGUUCUUUGUUCAGUGGAUGGAGAUCCUCAUUUCAUGAUAGAGCUACCAGACAGAAAGGACGCUCUGUGCUUCAACAUCAAUGACAAACCGGGAACCAUUUUCAACCUGGUCAGAGACCCAAAACAAGGUAAGCUGUGGAUUAUAUGUUUCAGAUAUUUUCAUAUCAGUGUGCAAAAAAACUGAAACCUGCCUUUUGUUAGGUUUUGUUGUGAACGGACAAAUUAUUGGUAAGAAGACAGUUGCUCCAGAUGUAAAUGCCAACACCUACUUUGGCCGUUUUGGUAUCAUCCACCAGAAUCUGGAAGUGAGGCUGGAGGUGAGCACUCAGGACAUCUCAGUUUCCCACAAUGGCAAGCAGGUCACACUGCUGUGGUCUGAUACAGCAUCUAUUAAAGAAACUGAGUGAGUGACAAUGCUGUACUACAUUACCUUUGGUUUUCUGGAUAUAAACAAAUACUUGUCACUUAAAUAAGAACAGCUGUUGUUGUUUGGUAUUGGUUAUACCUUUUUGUGUUCCUCCUCCAGUAUGGACCUAAGGUUGACUAAGAACACCAGCCUGUUUGUGAUGCUGAGGCACUCAGUUAAAUUCAUGGUCAUCAGACAUACAAAAGUUUGGAAGAGACGCCACAGCCAGCAAGACUACUUGGGUUUCUACACCCUGGAUAGCCACCACUUGUCUGCGUCAGUACAUGGUCUGCUAGGUACAAAACCAAAGAAUUUCAUAUCAUGAUGGAUAUGUUGGCCCCCAUGUUUUCUUCUUUGAUUUUUUAGACAAAUAUUUAAGGUAAAACUUUUCUCUCCAGGUCAAUUUUACCAUGGGAUUGAGUUUGAGGUGACAAACAUGUCCCAUAAGGAGCUCUGGGACGAAUCUGCCACCAUGUAUGUGAAAGGCCACACACUCAACGUGACCAGGUGCAUAAACACAAACAUCACACACAUUAACAAAGAUAAAAAACAUGAUAUAAAGCAGAGCAUUUUUCAUUCACUCAUCAAUGUUCUUUCUGUGUUUGUCUUGCACAGACACUGGCAGAAGGAUUUCAGCAGGGAUCUGAAGAACGGGGAAAGUAUUCCCUGCUGGUUUGUUGACAGAGAUGGAGCAGGUCUCAUCGAUGGGAAAGCCUCAGACUAUGUUGUGCCGGGGCUUUUUUAAGACUUCCCUAUUGAAAUUUGAAAGCUCACUGUCCAAGUGACAUUUCACAGGGGCCCUGUCAUCAAGGUGUGAGUAUUGUGUGUUGAGAAAAUGCAGAUUACUGUACAUUGCAGCGUGUCCCCAUUCAAAAAUCCUAUCUAGUAAGAAACUAUUCUAAAAACAAAAUACACAAGACAACAUUUAGACAGCAGCAGGAACCAGUUUAUUUAAAAUACUUAAGCUCACACCAGUUGUUUUACCUGAAAAUGUAAAUGGAGGCUGCAAUCACAAGGUUAAAGCAUGUUAAAGAUAAUCUACACAGAUAUGAUGAAAUCUUAAAUUGUUUGGCAGGUAAAACUUCCUAACAGGUUCUGAUAAAAUUGGAGCCUGAUGCAUCCUCAGGUAAAUGCUAAUUUCUGUCAUCUUAUUUUUUUUUUUUACAAAAUGGUUUGUGAUAAAUAAUUACAGGCUAUUUCUAAGAGUCAAAAGUUAACACCUAGUGCACUUUCUUUUGUCUGUGCCUGUUGUGACAUUAAAAUGAAUGUAUGUGUAAUGUGCUUAACAGCAAACAUGCAUAAGGUAACAUACAAAAGUUGAACUGCCUCUGCAUCUGUGACUAACACAUUAAAGAAUAACAGGCAGCAUAUCUUCAGAACUAUUAUCCACUAUUAUCAGAUAAUAUAUCUUGUUUGGAUUUGAUAAACAAUACCACUAACUGUGUUGUAUACUUUGCACUAAAUCAUUUAACUUUUUGUCACAUUAAAUCAGUUUGCUAUAUUA